ACAAGUUAAAAAUUAAAACUUCAAAACAUUCUGAAACUCAAAUGCAUUUACAACCAAGAUGCAUUUAUUUAUGUUUCUGAUGUACGUUUCUAUAGUGUUAGGACAUUCUCAAAAUGUUUUUGCUCUUCUCCAUCAAAGGGUCAAAUAACUGAAAGUUAUGUGAAUUCGUCAUGGGAUUGCAUGCCCACAACAUCGAAGGUAAACAAAGAGGGAAACCCGCACCCGGCCUGAGUCGUGCUUUUGCCUAAACACUUCUGCUUCUCAACCGGUCUUUCUGUCCAAACAAACAAUGGAUGGAAUAUUUUCAUGCCGAGCAAGUAUUUAUUAUGACCAAGGCGGUAGGAAAUACAUGGAGGACAUGGUGACGAUGAAGCAGGAGGAUGAGCCGAGUGAGGAUGAACUGAACGCCGCCGAACGUGACGAGGUCGCGUCACCAUCAGAAGACAUUCGCGCGGGGAAAAACCCUGACGCUUCGAUCCAAGACUCUAUCCCUGGAUCCAUAACUGUUACUUAUGUUCAGGACGAUAAUGCUGGCUCAGGUCUUCAGCAAGCAUCCAUGCGCUCGGCACGCCCGUCCAAAAACAUCCGUCGGCCGCGGGAUAUGGCUCUGUUUGCGGUGUUCGACGGCCACGGGGGUCCGGACGCGGCGCGCUUCGCCCGCGACCAUCUGUGGGAUCACAUCAAAAAACAAAGAGGCUUUUGGUUAAAGGACGACGACGAGGUUUGUGCGGCUUUGCGAAAGGGUUUCAUCUCUUGUCACCAUGCCAUGUGGAAGAAAUUACCGGAAUGGCCUAAGACCGUUACAGGACUUCCCAGCACAUCAGGCACAACUGCCAGUAUUGUUGUGAUCCGACAUGACCGUAUGUAUGUGGCCCAUGUUGGGGACUCAGCUGUGGUGUUGGGGGUGCAGGAUGAUCCCUCUGAUGGGUUCAUCCGAGCAGUGGAAAUUACACAGGAUCAUAAACCUGAACUCCCCAAAGAAAGGGAGAGAAUAGAGGGACUUGGUGGCAGUGUAAUUAAAAAGUCUGGAGUCAAUAGGGUGGUGUGGAAGAGACCCAGACUCACCCACAAUGGACCAGUGAGGAGGAGCACUGUUAUUGAUAAGAUCCCUUUCCUUGCUGUGGCCCGAGCUCUUGGGGAUCUGUGGAGUUACGACUUCUACAGUGGAGAGUUUGUUGUUUCUCCAGAGCCUGAUACUGCUGUUAUCAAGCUGGAUUUGAAGAAGCACCGGUAUGUCAUUAUAGGUAGUGAUGGGUUAUGGAACAUGGUGUCAGCACAGGAGGCUGUGUCUAUUUGUCAGGACAAUGACAAGGCCAAGGCAAUAAACCAAAAAGAACAUGUUUCUAAUGCCGUUCUGCUGGUAAAUCAUGCCUUACUGAGAUGGCGUCAACGCAUGCUCCGGGCUGAUAAUACCAGCAUCAUAGUUAUCUGUUUGGAGUCAUUCAGGACAUCUUCAGAGAGCUUGCCACCUUAUGAGGUUGUGUAUAAUCAGCAGGGACCAAAGUGUGACUCCAUUCCUAUAUCUUGCCCCAACACUGUGUCCACUCAGAUUCAACUGCAAGAUGCACCUUCACCUCCAAGUGAACUCCAGUCAACCGUGGAGCAGCAAAACAACAGCUGUGAGACAAGCAGUUGUGUAAUAUCCGAAUCACCUCCUGAUAGCCUUACAAACUCUGAUGACCUGCCUUGCAAAGGCCUCAGUAAUAACGCCUUGGAUAAUGAGGCCAGUUGUGUCCGAGUGCCUACAGGCAAACGGUUGCUAGAGGAUUCAUCCAGACCAGUAGGGAAGAAGCUUCGUUGUAGUUUGUCCCAUUCCACUUAUAUAGAGUCCUCAUGUAUAUCCCCACAAAAACAGAGCCAGCAGCCCUCACCGAAGAGCAGCGGCAAGGGUCAAAAACAAUCUGAAACUGUCCAAGCUCUUCUUCAGCAGCACGGAAAAACUACUGUAUGUGUUUGUUGACAUUUGUGUUCCUAUUACAGUACAAUCUUACACUCACAAUGGACAGUCAGACUUGAUUAUAGUACAUAUAAGCUACUGAGAAACCAAAUCCUGAAGCAAGUAACCAUGUUAAAAAUACUCUCUUCCAUUCAAAACACCCAUGUUUUAAGUGUAUGUUAUUUUAAGCUUUUAUACUUUAUAUUUUGGUAAAAUAAUGAAAAGACAAUGUGUUGUUUAAUGAAACUUUAAAUUGGUUUUAGUUUUCUUCUAAUGUGUGUUUACUGCUUAUUCCAAAUUGGUUUCAAAAAAGUAUUUCGAUGUUGUUAUGCGUCAGUUCAUUCGGGUAGACAUGAUUGAUCAAAUAGGUAUUUUUGCACUUAAAAAAAAUUAAUAAUUAAAAUGAAAAAAUACCAAAAAGAAAAUGUUUCUUCUGAGAAGAUAAUUCCAUGCAUUUUACAUGUCACCUGUUUCAAAAAUGGUUAAACUCAAGAGAUUUGGCUGGGAGCAAUGAUAUAUGUAUUUUUGUACAUUGUUUUACCUAACAAAGAGAAUAAUUAAUCAUAGUGGAUACUGUUAUCAAAUCUAAACCCUGUGUCAUAAAGUGUAAUGUUAAAUGUAAGCAUGAUCUUUAUGAGUUAUGCAUUUUGGAUUUUAAACAUACAGUUGUUUGACUGUUUUCAUGGAUUUGAAUGUUUUUGAUGUUUUACUUUUUUCCAUAAUAAAAUAAAUUAUCAUUCUAAACUGAAGGUGCUGCCAUGCUUA